AUGUCCUCUCGAUUCGCGGGCUUCCUCCGCGCGGCCUACCCAGCAGUCCUCGUCGGGGGGUACAGCUGGAUGAUCACCAAGGAUCAGCAAAAGUUCAAGUCGGAAACCUUGGACGCGUUGGAAAGGCAUACCAAUGCGCACUAUUCAACAGACGAAAUCCUCACCAUGCAGGAGGAAAUCGGCGUUCUUUCAAAGAACGUGAACACACUCCUACGUACCACCAAACCACUGGUCGAAGGUCAAAACUUGGCAGAGCGAAAGAAGGGCGAAAUCGAAAUCGAUGUCCUUUCGGAGAACGUGAACACACUCUUCGGUAUUACGAAACAGCUGGUCGAGGCCCAAAACUCGGCGGAGCGGAAGAAGGGCGACGGUAGCAAGGGUCAGAAGAUGAAGAUGGUGCAGCAGAAAACGGAUCUCAAGCACGUGCAGCGACUCGAGCAGCUCAAGGUGCGACGAACUGGCUCUGGCUGGUUCUGGGCGUAA